CAGGAAUCCCAGUUUUACUCUGGAGAGGUAGGGAAAAGUCAAAACUACGUUGCGGAACGUGGGGGCACCAAGUUAAAAAUAUCUCAGACGUCUUUAUAGCUCGAUUAGUAACGAAAAAUACCGCUGGUCGGUUGCUGUGAAAGACAUUUCCCUGCAUAACAGGGCUAUUCUUCCUGGAUCUUGUCUCCCAGAAUGCUUGGUGUGCCGUAGUGGAGAGGCCGUCUGUGUUAACAUCAGCUUUGCCAUCGCCAGUUGAAAAUCAUGCCCAAGCUAAUAUUUCAACACACCCUAAAGCUUAACUGUAGCUUUCCCUGGCUUAUCUGUGUCCUUGUUAACCUCUUGGCCCUGAACACCCAUGCCCAAACCAUUCCUACUGUACCAAAGCAAGUGAGCCUUUCAGCUGACCUGAGUGUCAAGGAGCUGACCAUAUCCUGGUUUGGAGGAGCUGCUUCAACCUUUGACCUCAUCAUUCUGAGAACAGAAUUCAAUACCAGUGUUUUCUAUGACACAAUCUCAGCAACAAUGAAUCAGGCGAGCGGUCGACAUGAGUGGAAAUGGACCUCUGCUGAACCUCUGGAGUGUACAUCACUGUCGGUCAGAAUCCGCUCAAGAGAUGGACUGGCAACAAGUGAAUGGAGCAAGAUGGACACAUUUCCAGGACGAGAUCUUCCCAGCAACAACACUUUGCAGAUGUAUCCACAUGACAGAGUGGUAGAAGUGGGCUCCAACAUGACCUUCUGCUGCAUCGUGAAGGAGGGAAAGACCUUUAAAGAGAUGCUCUACGGCAACACCGUCAUGAAUGUUACACGACUGAGUCGACGGAGUUAUGCCACAACGCUGGUCAAUGUGGAACCAACUGGCGUAUCAGGAAGCAACAUUGUCUGUCGUCUAGAGGAUCUCUCACUGGACGGAGCUGUCAUGUUUGUUGGAUAUCCACCUCUUCCCAGUGAUUUUGUGUGCGAGACCCAGGAUUUAAAAUCUGCUGAGUGCCACUGGAAAGAGGCUCGCGACAGUCACUUGACUGGUGGGCGUAGAAGAACACGCUACUCAGUAAACAGCAGGAACUGUAAUGUGGAUUUACAGCUGACGUGCAGGCUGCCUCUGUGGGAUGGUAACUGGACACUGAUGGCUGAGAAUAGCCUCGGACAUUACAGUCUCAGUGACUCGGCUGAGCUUAUUCAUAGAGUUCGUCCUGUUGCACCAGUUAAUCUAAGCUCCGUUGUCAAUGCCUGGAAUGCUACUGUGAUGUGGCAGUGGACCUAUGAAAGCUAUUUCACCCUGGAUCUGAACUGCCAGGUGGAGUCCACCAAUCAUGAGUCCAAAACCCUUCAUGUCUUCUCUGGUGUGGGGCUUCGGUCUGUGAAGCUGUCUGGCCUGCACCCUGAUCAGGCUUACACUGUUCGCGUUCGUUGUGGACAUCAAAAAUAUUUCUGGAAAUGGGGAAACUGGAGCCAGACGUUUUCAUUCAAAACCCAAACUGAUGUCACAGAUCCUCCUGACGUGUGGAUGUGGAUGAACAAAGACAGGACUGGGCUGGUUGUUUGGAAGCCUUUGGGUUACCAACAAAGCCACGGUCGAGUCACAGGUUUUGAAGUAACUCUUUGGAACCCAGAAGACGUUGAGCAACACACACAAAUCCUGCCACCCAACACCUAUUCUGUUCGAGUCAACCUCACAGAAAUGGCUUCUCUUGGCGUCAACAAGAAAGUUUUUGCAACCGUCGUUGUGAAAAACAUCAAAGGAGCGUCUCCUCCUUCACGUGUGCCUCUACGAUUUAUAGAUGAGCAACCCUUGGUCUUGUCCAAGCCUGUUUUUACCAAUAACAGGUUAUUUCUGUUUUGGCAGCAGAAUGCCACCAACACAUGUAAUUAUUUGGUAGAAUGGCUUGAUACCUCUUGCGAGCACGAUUGCCCUGUGAAAUGGAUCAGAGUGGCUGCUGGGAGCACAAAUGUCUCCAUUGAGUCAGAGAACUUCAAGCCAGGAGUGAGAUACAACUUUUCCCUGUACAGCUGCCCUUCAGAUUCUCCACAGCUUAUCACGCGCUGGCAGGGAUACACUCAGGAACUUGUUCCCUCCAGAUCAGUCCCACUUUCUGUCAAAAGCCAGGAUUCAAAGGUUGUCAUCACCUGGGGGGAAAUUCCUCUUUCUGACAGAAGAGGCUUCGUCCUGGGCUACAACGUUUACAUCAGCAACGGUUCUGAGCUUGCUCUACUAGCAAAUUUGUCCAGCAGUGAAAUGAGGCGUUAUGUAGUGAAGGGUCUCUCUGUUGGCAACUACAAGUUCACGGUGAAAUCAUACACAUCAGCAGGCGAGGACACGGGCAGCACUGCUUCUAUUACAUUGGAACCAUUCACAGAUGCAUUGAUCCUGGAAAUGUUGGGAGCUUUGGGAACCAUUACCAUAUUACUCAUCAUUGUUACUUUUAUAUGCUACAAAAAAAGAAAUUGGGUUAAAAAAGCAUUCUAUCCAGACAUACCUGAGCCCAAGCUUCCUGGUGAUUGGUCCAGACUGCAGGGGCCUUUGGAUGUGAGGCCGUCUCCCCACAGCAUGGUCCAUAUUGUUGAAAAGCCUGAGCGGGAUUUUAACAAAGAGACUCUCGUCGUUAUUCCUGAAGAGGAGGAAUAUUUUGAGAAAGACGAGCCAGUCGACACAGAUGAGCCAAUGUCGUUGCGCUACUACAACCAGGUGGUAGACGAUCGGCCCAUAAGGCCACGUUUCCCAGACUCCUCUGCUUCUUCAGCCUCUUCAUUGGAUUCGGGACACACGGAUGUCACAUACACUGGCAUUCAGACUUCAGGUUCGUCUCUGGUCUUCCAGCCGGAUCCACAGGGAUCCUCUGAGGAGCAGCCACCUGAGGUUGUUCUCUAUGAUGGUGGUUACAAGCCUCAGAUGCACCCUAAGGUCUUGAGUGAUGACGUGGUGCUUAAGUCAUCCAACCCUUUCCAAGAGUCCGAGGCUGCCAGCUCUGUGGGCUACAAACCCCAGUGCUCCUGGCAUUUGGACUCUCCCACAGAUACUGCUGAAACCAGCAGUCUGGCCCCCUCUCUUGGAUCGCCAACCUCUGUUACUUCCACCCAGUUUCUCCUUCCAGAUGGGGAUGGAGAUGAAAAGAACAAACAACAGCCAUCAUCAGCUGCAGCAACCUGGUUUAGCAACCUGCUGUUGUCUUCAAAACCAUAGUAUCUUCUGUUUCUGUUGCGCGGUCGGAGUGAACCUCUCAUUUAAACAUGCUACCAAGUUUGACCUCUCUCAAGAAAUAUCAUCUCUUAAGUGGCACUGCAUUGUCAGCCAUGCAUUUUGAUCACAGAUUCCUACAUUUGAAGGUAUUCAUACCAAAAGAAAGAAAAGAAAUAACUAAUAAGUUAUUUUCUGUUACAUGAAAAUAUCACAAUACAACAUGUAUACAUUUGUGUGGAGAGGUGUGUCCGUAAAAUAUUGAAACCAUCCCCAGGAAACCUGGAGUAGGUGAGAUGUCUGUCUUGCAUCUUUGAGACGGGCUUAAGUGGGCAUUUCAUGUGGACAUAUCUUGAGUUGUAGUAUUUGCAAUGUUUUGAUUGCAUUUUAUACAUUUUUCCAAACUCCAAUGCUCCUCAGAAAGGAAAAUUGUGUUGGGAAAAUAAAAAGUUCCUAAGUUUGAGGAAAGAACACUACAAGAAAGCAUUUAACCAAACAUAGAAGGCAGUGAAAGUUGCAGUUAUUGGUGUUGUUGUUUCUUGUGUUGGUUCAGUACCUUCUGGUAACCCGCUGAGUCCAAACAAAGAAUAGGUCAGUUUCCUUUAAAAAAAAAAAAAAUCAUUUUUACAAAAACUUUUCUUUUCAUAGUGAGAAUUUUUCUAAAAUGACAUCCUAACCAGUAUGACACUAAUCAAGGUUUGCACAUUUUAAGUAUAUCAUUUUAUAGAAAUAUGGAAGUGGUGCUUUGUUUUUGUUGUGUUUUUCGUGGGUUCUGAAACCCUUUUAUUGUAGAGUAUCAUAAGCUAGAACAUUUAUUUCAACUGAUGAGAUUCACCGAACAAACAGACUUUACUUUGAAGUCUUUUAUUAUUCUUAUAGCAGUAACGUUUGUUUUCUUCUUGUUUAACAUAUCUGUCAGGCCAGUGUCUUUUACUGAUUGUUUUCUGAGCGUCACUUUGGUAAUGAGGUUGUUUUUGUCCGAAUAACCUGCAGACGGUAUAUAUGUGGCUAAUAUAAUUAACUUUCUGAAGGUAAUAACAGGGGUUAUUAAGCACUAUGGUGAUGCUAAAAGGAUACUACUUUUCACAACUUUAUAAACAAACCGCGCACUAACAACUAAAAAUGAACUGAAGUUUUAUAUUCCACUGUAGAGCUGCAGGCAAAGUCUGACCUUCUUUUUUGCAUUCGUAAGUGUUUUUGCUUUAAAUAUACACUUAAAGCAUUUUUUUAAAACAUAAAAGUCACUUUAUUUUAACUUUUGGCCAAGGGACCACAGUUAGAAGAUGGUUUGGAAGAUUCCAAAUCCUCUAUUAGCGUUAGUCGAUGACAGUUUAGAAGUGAUCCUCUCCGUGCACCAUUAAUGGGUUGAGUGUAUUACGGUAAUACUGAGGCCUUUAUUAGAACACGAGAAAGCGAAGUCUGUGCCUUGAUGCACUUUUUCUGUUGUCAAAAUAAGGUAAAUUAUAUUCUGGUCUGGACAGGUCUGCUUCUUGACACAGUGGUGUAAUAUCUUUUUUUUUUUAAAUUUCAUUUAAGCGCUUCCAGUUAAGAAGCUUUAAAUAAAACUACUGUGAUGUUUGAAAUGACUUCUUAUAAAGUAUCAUGUACAGAUAAACUGUUCACAAGUGGACAGGAAGUCAAAUUUGCAAAAAAAUUAUAAAAAUAAAAAAAUUAAUUGAUAUAUAUAUAUAUUUUUUAACCCUGCCUGAACUAAUUAGUAAAGGGUGCAUAUAGUUUUAUUUUUAAAAACAACUGCUGAUCGUUUUCUGUCUACUUUAUUAAGCAGCAUGACUUUAGAGAUGAUGUGUUACAUAUGUUUUGGAUCAGCAAAAUCCUAACUUUUGAUUUCUGAUUCUUGUUUUGGAUGCAACUUAAGUGUACAUAAGCCAACUGUUUUUGUUUCCUAUUUAAAAUAAAAGCUUAAAAAGUUUUACCAUUCAUAGAUUAUAGGUUAUACACUUCAGUGUUGACUGCAGCUUAGAUACUACUUUUUUUGUCUGUUCAACUGUGUAUUUGUUUUGUGCUGAAACACAAAAACUGUUAACUGGAAUUGAGUUAGAAAUGUGACUUGAACCUUCUUUGCCUUAAUGUUUGAUUACAGGUUAUUGCUCUGCCAAAGACUAUAAUUACACACCAUUUUCACACACUUUUCUUGUUGUCGGUCCACAAACAUUUUAAAUCUUUAUUGUCUCCACCAAACACUGCACAGCAAACACUGUCUGAAAAAAGGAAUUUUCCUCUUAAAACUUUAGUGAAAAAAGUGCAUGCUGUAUGAAAUAUCAGUAUAAGUGUGUCAACUGACUAUUUUAUACUAUGCAUUAAAAACUCUUGCAUCAUUUCAUGUCUUUUGCUUAAAAUGUGUUUUGUUGUAUUACUUGUUCAACCCAUUGAAAGCCUCACGUGCUACCAAAAUGAAUGGAGAUACAUGUUUUUUUUUUCUUUUCUGCCCAUUCAACACUUGUUUGUAGAUGUCCCCGUUGCAUUUACUGUUUAAAUAAAAUUCCACAAAAUC